UCCCCCUUGCUGAAGAAGAAGUUCAUCGUCCGGAAGAGGCGCUGUAUCUCAGCAAAUAUUGGCUUCAUUGCGGCUAAGGGAAGUGUCGCGCGCCUUGUAUAUCCGCCUUCGAGCACGUGCCAUAAUUCUACAUUUUGCAGCAACUUCCUGGCGUUUGGCAACGGGAUCUGCGUCAAAAUUAGCGAAUUCCACCAGAAAGACACCAGCCGUGACGAUGGCACGCCAUGUUGGUUUCCGAACACCUCCAGAAAGUGCCAAAGCCCACGUCGAUGUAACUUCGAGGGUAGAGUACGUGUUCGUUCUUAGCAGGCACGGCGAACGAACACCGCUCACUCAAUGUUCGAAGCUCGUCAAGACCAGUCCUGAGGGCUACGGUCAACUGACAAAAACGGGCCGGAAACAGUGCAAGAACCUGGGCAAGAUGCUCAGGGAACGGUACCCAAAUCUUCUCAAGGGUCAGCCUGGUGAAGUACGAGCCACUUGCAACAAACUGCCUCGAACCUUUCAGGGUGUCCGCCGCACUUUAAAGGGUCUAGGCUUCAAGGAUGUAAUACCCGCCGAAGAUGCGACGGAUUAUGACAGCAUUGAGGUGUCGGCCUUGGCGAAGAACUAUUCUUCAAUGAUCAAGGAGCAGUGUAUCGGUCAGUUCAAAACCAUGGGAGAUAUAUUGGACUACACGGUCAAGAACACGGGAUCCCCGACGAAGCCAGAAAAGGCAGUGCUACAGUCUCUGGACAACGUCAUAACACACGUCCACAACGGACAUCCGAUACCCCAGUGGGCCAGUGGUCACUGGCAGGCAAUGAUAUGGGCCCACGAUCGGCUGUUCGAGAUGUCGCUGGCCGGAGCGAAAAAACGGGCUGCGACCUACGCCAUGACGCAGUUACUGAAUACGUUGGGAAAGAAGUUCGAGAAGAAACGGCAGCUGCCCGAUAAGAUGCACCUGUUCAUGACGUCGGAUGUCGUCGUAUUCUCCUUCGUGCGGCUGCUCUGUUCAACUUACGAUAAGAGGCCCCCAUUCUGCGCGUCCUUCUUUUUCGAAGUGUUCCUGGAGAAGAACGAGCCCAGGCUGCACCUUAUGUACUACAGUGAAGCCGUGCACGCAUCCGUGGCAAUGGACAAUCUCCCCAACCCGUGCAGUGUGCACGAAUUUACGCAGGAACUGCGUCGCAUAUUAAAAAUCAAUAAGUGAUAGCGCCUCUGGGAAGGAGAACAGUAAGAAAUAAAAUAAUAAGCAAUGUUUCAA